CGACAUCCAUCCGCCCAUCCAGCCUUUCGGCAUCUCCAUCAGUCGGUACGUAUUGACGGCUUUCCUAUCAUUGCUAUCAUUCUCUGCGUCUGGUUUUCCAUGUUCCCCGGGUUUUGCGUGAGAUCGAAAGUGCAACCCGCCCCGAGAGAGGGAAAGAGUCCCACCGCCGAUAGAUAUUUCUCGCCUUCAAUAUUCACCAGUACGAUACUUCGACAUCCAUUUCGCCUCCCGUCCAUUCAAUCAGGAACAGCAAGAGGAUGCACGUGAAGGGAACAUCGAGAAGAGGAGGGAUCCGAUCGAAUACCGAGCAAUGAAUAAAGAUGGACGGCACCGAUGGACACGCACCGCAAUGCACAUUUCGCGAUCUGCGCAUACUCUGUGGAACUUGGAAAACCAGGAACUACGCAAUGGCCCAAUUCAAGGAAAGCAAAGACAUCUAACGCCUUAAUUUUUUUGCUGCUGCAGUUUUCAGUCCUCCGCACAUAAUCCGACAAGAUGGGUAAGGGACAGCCCCGUGGUUUGAACGCCGCCCGCAAGCUCGCGACCACCCGUCGCGAGAACCGUUGGGCCGACUUGCACUACAAGAAGCGCCUUCUCGGUACCGCCUACAAGUCCUCCCCCUUCGGUGGUGCUUCCCACGCCAAGGGUAUCGUCCUCGAGAAGGUCGGUGUUGAGGCCAAGCAGCCCAACUCCGCUAUCCGCAAGUGUGUCAAGGUCCAGCUCAUCAAGAACGGCAAGAAGGUCACUGCUUUCGUCCCCAACGACGGUUGCUUGAACUUCAUCGAUGAGAACGACGAGGUCCUCCUCGCCGGUUUCGGUCGUAAGGGUAAGGCCAAGGGUGAUAUUCCCGGUGUCCGCUUCAAGGUCGUCAAGGUCUCCGGUGUCGGUCUCAUGGCCCUCUGGAAGGAGAAGAAGGAGAAGCCCCGCUCUUAAGCAAUCCAUCACCACCAACACAAAACAAGAUGCUGGCUGCUACUCCGGGGGGAAUCAUGAUAUUUUUUCCCGGAGGGAGGAUCUCUCUCCUGGGGGGGCCCAUUCCAUAGCAAGAAUAAAAACUUAUCGGCUUGGGAGGCGACACUUUUUUUCUUCUAUGGUCUGGA